UCGAGGCUGGUCGAGGCCGACUUGGCCAGUGUCGAGUGGCGUCGAGGUAACGCGCGAAUCGGUGAGAAAAACUGACCGAUAGAUUUGUAUGUAAGUACGUUACGAGACGCGCGGGGCGCUCGCAAAUCAAGAAUACGCGUCGCGGCUAUCGGAUGGGAGAAAUGCGACACGUGGUUGUUUCAUAACGAUGCGCGAUGGCGAGAGAGUGGACACGGAGCAUUCGAAUUCAAACGGAGCGAGCGAGCGACCGCGGUGAACGGGACGAGAAGGUGAAGUUCGCGAUAGCGAGAGCGGGGGAAGAGAGACAGAGAGCGCGAGCGCACGAUGGAGGCCGUUCGCAGAUCAGCGAGGAGGACGGAAGAGGGGAACGGUUGGGUGGCUCCCCCUCCCCUCGGGAGGGGGGGAGCAAGAGGGAGAGUACCCGGCUGCCUUCAGUUUGGCGUUCGGUGUUGCUAGGCGCGAGCAGACGCGAGGCGCGAGGGUUACUCCGGCCACUGUCAGUGCCAAGGCGGCAGCCGGCAACCUUCUCUCGACCGCGAGAAUCGAGAAUCGAGCCAAACGGCAAACUCGCCUUUCUUUCUCGCCUCGAAUUCGGCGAGUGUCGUGUCCAUUGGUUUUCGCGGCUUUCUUUCUCUUCCUAUCACCGUCUCUCCUGAUCUCUCCAGCCCCGAUGGAUUUUCGAGAACGUUCCUCUCGCGAGCGAGCAGCGCGGCGCGGUGCGGGCGCCUGGUUGUCGAAUGUCGAAUUCGCCAGCACUGGCCUCCAGAGUCAGGCUUUCGUUCGUUCGCUCGCUCGCUCUCGCUCUCGCUUUCGGUCUCGGUCUCGGUCUCGGUCUCGGUUACGUCCGCGUAGUCGGUGUGUGCGUGCGUGCGAAAGGGAACUGACAAUGAGCGUGAGCAGAGACACGCGAAUCACGGGAUGCUUGCGGCGAAUAUACGAGAUACGACGCGACGCGCGUCGGCGCGUCUCCCUCGUCAACGAUCGGCAAUGAUGGUCUUCGAUUAACGCACGGCGCGGCACCCCGGCAUGAGCAGACUCCAUUGCGAGUCGGAGUCAUUCAAAAUGGAUCUUAUCUUGGACAUCAACAGUUGGUUAUACCCAAUGGACCUGGGAGAUAAAUUCCGUCUUGUGCUGGCGACGACGUUACGCGAGGACGGAUAUCCAGACGGUAACGAGUGGAACCCUAUGGAACAGGAGGGCGGUUCCAGGGCAGACAGCUUUGAGUACGUCAUGUCCGGCAAGGUGUAUCGAAUUGAAGGUGACGAAGCCAACAACGAGCCCAGCAGCAGACUAUCAGCCUACGUAUCUUUCGGAGGUCUGCUGAUGAGGCUACAAGGCGAUGCGAACAAUCUGCACGGCUUCGAGAUAGAUCAACAUAUGUAUUUACUAAUGAAGAAACUUGCAUUUUAAUAUUUGCGAUUAUUGUCAAUUUUUUAUCAUUUAAAAAUUUUUUCAACAAAUGUAUCUAUCAGAUGAUAACCUGAAGAAACUUGCAUUUCAUGUUUUAAUAUAUAAUAUUGAACACAUCAAUUACUGAUUUAUUAUCAUUUUUGUACAAUAAUAUGGAUUUAUUAUCAAUUAGAGAGAGAAAAAGACAGAAAAAUGCCAUUUACGGUCCAGACUUGGUAGCCUAAUAAUAAUAAUAUUGUUUGAGAAUUUUAUACUUUUUCCAAACUCAGUACACUGCGUGUUUUUUUGUCGGUCUUUAAAACACAGCUCCCUUGUUCGAACAGUAAACUCUCCAUACUUUAAAUCGAUAAUCGAUUUAAAUUUUGAUAGCAAAUAAGCAUCCUCAUUAAGUCAUUGUAAAGAAUUUAUUGCGAAAAAUAUCACCCCAGCCAGGGGUGCAAACCUUUUCUUUCGGGUUUUCUUACAUUCCGUGACAGGCGUCUUUACCAAUUCGACCACUAAGACAUGGGUAAAGACCGACAAGAAAUUGGUGCGCAGUGUACUGAGUUUGGAAAAAGUAUAUAAGAAUUCAAACAAUAUUAUUAUUGAACUACCAAUAUCAAUAUCAUAGUGGUUCACUUGUUUCACGUAUUAUUAUUGGAUUGGAUUUAGUAUAUUUAUAUAAAUUUUUUUUCUAUUUUAAAGCUUUUUAUUUAGGCAGCAUCACAAUGACUUUACGCUUCAAAUAAAUUAUAAAAUGACUUGAGGGUACUACUGUGAUUACCACUAGAACUUAAGAGAAAUAAAAAUAUUUUUCAUGUG